AUGACUGAAGUUGUUGAAGCUCAGGAACAAGAAAUAGUUGAAGAUGGACAAGAAAUGGUUGAAGCUGAAGAAGUUCAGGAACCAGACUUCAUGAUUGUUGGUGAGUCUUCUGAGCCUGUUGAUAUUGAUAAUAUUCUCCGAAGGGUUGAUGUUAUUCAAAGAAAGAGAAAGGCAAAAGAAGUGUUGCUACUAGAAUGGAAGACACAACAAUUUGUACUUGUUGGUAAUGCCUAUCCUGUGCCUUACAACGUUCAAGAAGUUGCUCGUGAAAUGAAAGUUAAAGAAAGGCGUAGAAAGGAAAAGAAAGCUCGUGGAGAAAUAGUUGAUGAUGAUUCCAAUGUAGAGUUAUUUGGAGAAGAUGAAGAAGAGGAAGAUGAAGAUGAAGAUAAUGUUGAUGAUCAAAUGGAUGAUAAGCCUGAUGAUAGCAAUGAUAAAGAUGAUAAAGGUGAUGAUGACAAUGAUCAAGGUGCUUCCGGGUUGUUAAUCAAAUAUCCAAUUGUUCAAGAAAGGAUUGAAGAGCUAUUGAAUGAUGAGAUUAAUGAGCAAGAGGAUGAUGUACAAAAUGAAGCAUCAUCAUCUGGAAAACAACAUGUUAGUCAGGUACUUCUCUCAAACCCAACUGUUAUUUACUUGAAUGUUCAACAAGAAGGAGAGGUUGAGGUUAGAAGAACCAGAGCUGAAAUGCUAGAGGAAUUGGGGUUAGAAGAAGGAAAGUUCAAGUUUGAUAUUGAGGAUGAAAUUCCUCAGUCACCAGCUAAAGACUUCGAGCCCAGAUAUGCAUUUGAAGCAGAUCAUUAUGAUGAUGUGAUUGUUGAAGACACUUCAGAUUCAUCUGAAGAUGAAAUUGAUUUUCAUUAUGCUGGGAUUGAUGAGACGUUUCCUUCAUUUGCUGAGAUGUUCAAAGACAGAAAUGAAGACGAGAUUAAAAGAAAGAUUGUUGAAAAGAUCUCCACUGAAGGUGUUCCUGAAACUCUUCCGAGAGAGAUUCUUGCAGAAGAAAGAAAGAAAUGGUUCAAGAAUAUGCCUAAAGAAAGAAAGACUCUCAGAGCCCUUCAGUACUUCACUCACAGCAAAAAAUCUAUCAUGGGGAGAUAUUCUAUCUUGGGGAUACCUUGA